CAAUUAGGCAUACUAAAAAAGAAACAAAACCACUGUCGAACCUCCGUUGUUUCCCCGGCGAACUUGCUAUGGAGGUUGGAGCUGCGCCGGGAAGUUUGCGGCUAAUUCAACUCCGGAUUGGCCGAAGAAUAUCAAAUCCAUCGCCUUCUUUUUACCCAAAAGUGAGAUGCAAUCUAAAGGGGGCCGGUUCCAAUGGCGUGGAACCAAUAUCCCAGAACCUGCGUAUGUUUAUCCUCGGAAUGGGAUUUGUGGGACAAUACUUCGCAGCUGAUUUGAAGCAAAAAGGAUGGGUGGUGAGUGGGACAUGUACCAGCACCGCCAUGAAAAUGAAACUUGAACAAAUGGGAUAUGAUGCAUAUGUCUUCGACGCCAACGAGCCCCAGGUAGAAGUCCUUGAUAUCAUGAAAUAUCAUACCCAUCUCCUUAUUUCCAUUCCUCCUGUGCCUGAUAUUGGUGAUCCUCUGCUUCAGCAUAAGGAACUAUUGAAAAGUAGAUUAAGAGAUGGGAACCUUCAGUGGCUCAGUUAUUUAUCAUCUACACGUGUAUAUGGUGAUAGUGGUGGUGCAUGGGUGGAUGAAGAUCAUCCCAUAAUGCCUACAAGUGAAUUGGCAAGGUCUAGAUUAGCUGCAGAGGAAGGAUGGUCAAGGUUGGGUCAGGAUUUGGAGAUAGCUGUACAGAUAUUUCGGCUUGGAGGUAUCUAUGGCCCUGGCAGAAGUGCCAUCGAUACAAUAAUUAAGAAGGAGCCUCUCUCUCCUAGUCAGAGAAAGCGUUCAUCUAGGCGUUAUACAUCCAGGAUCCAUGUUUCUGACAUUUGCCAAGCGCUUAAUGCCAGCAUUGAGAAGCCAUCUAAUAGGAGAAUAUACAACAUAGUGGAUGAUGAUCCUGCUCCACGAGCAGAAGUAUUUAAAUUUGCGCAGAAUUUGGUCAAAAGUAAGUGGCAGGACCAUGGACGAGAAUUCACUUUUCCUCAAGUGCCAGAAACUUUACCCUCAGAGGGAGUUUCCACAGAGGAGAAGCGAGUUAAUAAUGCCCGAAUGAAAUUAGAGCUUGGAGUAAAGCUUCGUUAUCCUACUUAUAAAUCAGGAUUGCAGGACAUCACUGACCAAAUGAGUGACCCUUUUGUCUCAUAAUCCCUGAGGGAUAAUGGGAGGACAUCAAAACGGGACAGCAUGAAGUUAAAAGAGGUGGCUGCAGAAGGGUUCUGCAAAUUGCAGGAUAGAAACAAGCAUCAAAGAGUACAGUAAAUUGAAACCCGACAAAACAGAGGAAUGGGAAGAAAUGGGACGUGCACGUUCAUCAUCAUGAUCAUCAUCAUCAGCAGCUGCUGCGCCUAGAUUCUCGAGUCUAUCAUGAUAUGUCAUCAGCAUGGAAAAUCAAGUAAAAAGGAAAGGAUUAUCCAUUAAUAGGAAGGAACUCAAAUGGCAGAAGCAGGUUGCGCAGUUUGAAUACACGUGUAUCAUUGUCUGCUGCAUGUUGCCGCGCCCAGUGGCCAAACAAAAACAGCUGUGCCUUUUCACCCUUCUUCCAGAAUUUCUUGUUUUCCAGAAAAGAAGUAAUAAGAAGUCCUAAAUCGCCACUUCAAUAUCUUUUUCCUUUGUUGCCCUUCAGAUAUAUAUUCCCUUCGACCCAAAAUGAUAUUACAGUUUAGAUUUUUAUUUUCAGUUCAAAUUAUACUAAAAUUUAAAAUUUAAACUCAAGACAACAAUUUUGGUACAAAUAGAGUAUCUUUCUUUUGUUUCAUAAAAUGGAGUACAUGAUCGAUUAGACAUCUCCCUCCGUUUGUAGUACCACUUUUGCAUGAAAUUUCAUUAUUUCAGUGGUCAUGUUAGUUGAUGUGUACCGAAAACUUGUAGUGCAUCAUAAAUAGUCACAUCCAUUAGGGUUUGCUAACAUUGAACUUAUUCCGUUGCGUCAUAUUCAGAAGACACAAAUUUGAAUUAUUAUACAUAGG